AUGUUGCGACCCGUCUCCUCCCUCUCCAAGAGGUUGGAUCCGAGGCAGGCCGUUUCAAAGGCCCGGUAUACAUGGUCAGGUCAGGACCCCACAGCCUCUCGAAAACGUCUUCUCCUCUUCGACAUUGCGAGCAACCAAUCGCCCUUCUCUAUCCACAGAGUCCACUCAUCCAAUUCCUUCCUGCGCAACCAGUACUCCUUCUCUCCCAACACGAUCCGUUCGCGGCUGGCGUUGCAUUAUAAAGGACUUCCGUACACGGAGUCCUGGAUUUCGUACCCGGACAUCGAACCGCUCUGGCAGGAACUGAAGAUUCCGCCGUUAAAAGAUGUCUCGGCGUCACCAAGUUGUACAUUACCCAUCCUUCUUCUCUACGCUGAAGACUUUCGUCACGAUGCCUUGAAUCAGUUACAUGACGCAAGGGUCGCCGGGGUCCACGCAACAGUUCAGACGAGCUACGGCAUAUUCACCCCCGUAGUCUCGACGCUAGGCAUCGCCAUGGCCCUGGAGGUCCUCUUCCGAGACCCCGAAAGAUAUCCUCCCUUAUUCCCCGAUCGGCAAUCCCUGGAACAAACGCAUCAGGUCCAAUCCAUCAUCACCCGUCUACUGCCCGCCACGCGCAGACUAAUCAUCCCUUCCGUGCCCGACAUCCUCGACGACAGAGGAAGAGAGUACUUUAUCCGCACACGCAGGGAAUGGUUCAACGUCUCUUCCCUCGACGCGCUCCGCCCCAAGACCCAAGAAGAGACGGACCGUCUGUGGGCAGACAUUGAAACGCAACUCCAACCCAUCUUGCGAACAUUACACGACUGUCCACUCGUGAGGGGUCCCGAGCUGAAAGACGCACUGGACUGGGAGGAUGUGGGGAGUCAGAACCACGACCACCACUUUUUCGGUGGUGGACGUGUGCGCUACCUCUCUGGCGGCACCUGUCCAACCUACGCGGACUUCAUCCUCAUGGCGUUCCUGGCGUGGAUGGCCCGCGUCGACAUGGACGCGUGGGCGCGAUUGACGCAGCAGGUCGGCGGGGGCGUCCUCGAGGAUCUGUGGAUGGGCUGUCUGCCCUAUCUUCGGAGCGCCAGCUACGUUGGGACUCUGGAGUGGUUCAGGCCCCCGGGGAGGCCUGGCACGGUCGGUUCAGAAGUUUGA